ACCUCGUGAAUUGGACAAUUUGUAUCCGGACACAUUAGUAGCUGUACUCAGUUUAGAGCUAGCGGAAGGUAAACAGAGAGCUGUCAACAUGGCUGAGACUCACAGCUUGCAGGAUAUGAGGCAGCAGGCGGCUAUCGCUGCCAAAGUGUUCAUCCAGAGAGACUACACCAACGGCACUGUCUGCCAGUUCCAGACCAAGUUCCCUUCUGAACUGGAGACCAGGAUUGACAAGCAGCAGUUUGAGGAGACGGUGAGGACGCUGAACAACCUGUAUGCUGAGGCAGAGAAGCUGGGAGGCUCGUCGUAUCUGGAGGGCUGUCUGGCCUGCCUCACAGCUUACACUAUCUUCCUCUGUAUGGAGACACACUACGAGAAGGUUUUGAAGAAGAUUGCUAAAUUCAUCCAGGAGCAGAAUGAUAAGAUCUAUGCUCCACGAGGUCUGCUCCUCACUGACCCUAUUGAGAGAGGCCUCCGAGUUGUUGAAGUAACCAUCUUUGAAGACAGGAGCCUGGGCAGAUAAAAUCUACAGUACUAUGAUCCCAGACUGACUGGACAAGAGCUCUUGAGGGGCUGGUUCUGCUCAGCAUCACCUGGGGCCUCAUUUAUCAAAGGUGCGUUCACACAAAAAAAAAAUCUAAAACUUGCAUAUGCCAGUUUUCCCUCAAAUGUUGGUAUUUAUCCAUUUUGAACGUGAAGGGAAAGUGUGCUUAUCUCCACACAAAUCUCAGACCAGCCGUACGCACAACUUCUAGUGGUAGAUCAACAUGUAUCACAAGCAAAUAUUGUUAUUUUGAGAAAAAAUGUAGGUGUUUGAUGCACAAGAAUUAMAAUAAUGGUAGGCUAAUAAAAACAUAAAGGCCUAAUGAUAGAACAGAUGCAUUUGCCGUUGGUAAGGAGAUCACAUAGCAGCAUGUAGCCUAAUGCGUUUCUUUUACUUGUAUUAUAUAAGCCUAAAUUAUAAUCAUAUAGCGGGACAUGUCUCCUUUUCCACUCUUAGCGGCGUUGGCGGAAAGAGGAUGUUUCUGGUUUUCAGGGAUACAGUAUUUUCAACCUAACUUCRGUUUCUCCUGGAGAAAGGAGAAUAGCCAAACAUGCUCAAAAGUAAAUAGACCGGUAGCCUAUUUAAAUUUGACAGUGUGUAGGAUACAGUAUCGCUGUGCGAUAGGAGUGCAACGUCAUAGCCUAUUUCAAUUCAGAGCCUAUACCAAGGCAGGAGAUAGAAACACAAUCAUCUACUGAUAAACAAAAUAUUGAACAAGAAUUAGUAUUUUCCACAGAAGUGUGCUGUAGCAUUUACUGUUGAAUUGUUCGAGUAGGGAAUCAAAUUUUCAGAAUGUGCUACUAGUGUUUGGCACGCAUUUUUUGUUUYAAAAAGGUAAGUAUUCUGCCCUCAGCUCUACAUAAACGUGAUAAAAUUUGCCAUUGCACUUUCUUUUUUAUCAUGGCCCCGUUCCAACAUCUCCAAAUCAUACAUCAAAUGAGGGUGUUUUUAUUACCAUAAAAGGUAACAAAAACAUGCGUAUAUGUUGUGUGCAGUAGUUUGAUAAAUCCCAAUAAUUUAGUUGUGAAUGCAAAUCCUAGUAUCCCCACGUACGGCAGAYUUUWGUGAGAAAUGUACGCACGGUUGAUAAAUGAGACCCCUGGUCCUGGGUAGGUGGGACCACCACCACACCUCCAGACUGAGGACCACCMGAACCUUUAGCCUGCAGAACAUCAUACCAGCCCUCGUGGCUCCCAUCCAGGAUCCACAUCUACUUUCUGACUACUGCGUCUCUACAAUCUCCCCUGUACUCGACUCCCUCACACUGUUCUAUACUCCACUCAACUAACGCAUGUACAGUAUAUGAUGCUGGGGCUGUAUUACCCAUUAAAAUCCUAAAGGCCCCUCUAAAGUGAAAUAAGAUACGAUUUGACAGUUAACGUUGUUUUCUGUAAUACAUCCCCAGACUCUUAAUUCUCUCAAAUGUAUUUCCUAUCUCUGUAUUUAUAACCAUUUACUUACUGUAUCUUAAGUCUGUUUACUUUUGCCUGUACAGAGAUUGCUUGCUUUACAAAACCAAAUGGUCCAAAUUAUGCUUGCAUUCCUCUUGCAUGUUGCGUCAAUGCUCAGAUGGUUCUUUUGUAAAACGUAAAUGUGCCAUGCAUAGUGUUUGUUUGGUGACUACUGUUCAUUUUGCCGUGRGUUGAUUGACUUGUAUGUGUGUGGGUAGGCUAUGUCUAGCUAUGUAAGCACAUUUGAUUGCCUUCAAGUGAAGCGUUAGGCCGAGAAGUGCUCUUGUCUCCAGUGCCUGUAGUUUCUGUGAAGAUUGCCUCUGUCAGCUCAGUGGGUUCAGGUCAAGUGUAUUUUAGUAGCCAGCUUAUCCUAACUUUUGCUCGCUUUAUUUUCGGCAGCAAGCWUGUUAAAAAUCGAAGACGAUUCCUAAACAACCCCAACUUCUUGWUUUCUUUGUUUUUGUAUUGAUCAAUUGUAUGAAUGAAGGACAUUAGAUUGUUAACUUUUGGUGAUGAUAUAGAUAUACAUUGACAGUACGUGGGUUAAAUACAAUGAUUAAUAUAAACCCUGGAUUGCUGAUAUGUAUUGGCCAAUGAAAGGCUUUGAAGCCAAAGGUCGGCCAUAGUGGCACUCCUCAGAAGAAGCAGUUUUCAAUUAAAUGUAUCAAAGACAAAAUUACAUGUAUUUAAGUAUUUUUUUAUUGUAGUGGAGACGGUAGCAUUAGAACUUUAAAAAAUUAUACUUUGACAGAUGUUUUUAUAUAUACAGUACCGGUCAAAAGUUUGGACACACCUACUCUCUCAAG